GCGGCUCACCCGGGGGCCGUGCGGAGGAGAUCUGCGGGACACGCAGGGGCGGUGCGGAUCGCUCAGGCGGCGCUCCAGGGGCGGUGCGGUGGGAGGUGCGGUCCUUACCGGGGCGGUGCUGUCUCUCCCGGGGCGGUGCUGUUCUUUCGGGCGGUGCUGUUCUUUCGGGCGGUGCUGCUCUCCCGGGUGCGGCCGGCACUGCUCGGCCAUGCGGGCGGGCUGAGCGGCGCCGCCGCCGCCUGUCCCGGGCGAGGAUGGCCUCCAAUUUCAACGACAUCGUCAAGCAGGGCUACGUGCGCAUCCGGAGCCGGCGGCUGGGGAUUUACCAGAGAUGCUGGUUAGUGUUCAAAAAGGCUUCAAGCAAAGGGCCCAAGAGGCUGGAGAAGUUCUCAGAUGAACGAGCUGCUUACUUCAGGUGCUACCACAAGGUCACGGAGCUCAGUAAUGUGAGGAACAUCUCGAGGCUGCCCAAGAGCACCAAGAAACACGCAGUGGGCAUUCAUUUCAGUGAUGACACCUCCAGAACCUUUGCCUGUGACUCAGAGCUUGAGGCAGAUGAGUGGUGCAAGGUGCUGCAGAUGGAGUGCCUGGGAACACGAAUUCAUGACAUUAGCCUUGGAGAGCCUGACUUGUUGGCAUCUGGAGUAGAGAGGGAGCAGAGUGAGAGAUUCAAUGUGUAUUUGAUGCCAUCCCCUAAUUUAGAUGUGCAUGGGGAAUGUACCUUGCAGAUAACAUUUGAGAAUAUCUGUCUUUGGGACAUCCAGAAUCCCAGAGUCAAACUGGUCUCGUGGCCUCUCAGUGCCCUGCGGCGCUACGGGCGGGACCCAGCCUGGUUCACCUUCGAGGCAGGCAGGAUGUGUGACACGGGAGAAGGGCUCUUCAUCUUCCAGACCCGGCAUGGCGAGGCCAUCUACCAGAAGGUGCACUCGGCCGCCCUGGCCAUCGCCGAGCAGCACCAGCGCCUGCUGCAGGGCGCCAAGGACGCCAGGGGCAGUAUGUGUGGCUGGAAUCCCUGCCAAAAGCCAUUGCUGAUGCCAAGCCUGCUGCAGGUGUCCCUGACCCUGUCGUGCCUUGCAGCUGCAGCUGAGGAGGAGCGAGCGGGCGGCGUCGCUGGGCACCGUGGUGCCCCUGCCCCGCAGCGCCUACUGGCACCACAUCACCCGCCAGCACAGCACGGGCCAGCUCCUGGGGCUGCCAGGUGCUCCCAGCCCUCUGCAGCUCCGUGGCACAGACACCUUCCCAGCCUGCAGCUCAGAGCACCGGUAGGAGCCCAGGCAGAGCUGCCCAGCCUCUGCCCCCUGACCAGCUGCCCCAGGGCAUGACAGUGCUGAUGGCAACCCAGGGUGGAGUUCGGGCUGGAUGAAAAAUUCCUGCAGUACAAAGGAUUUUUUAAACUGUGCCAAAAGCAGAAACACUUCUGUGGAUACUGGGAAGAGAAGCGAGGCUCCAAACCCUCUGGUGCACCUUUUGUAUCUUACAGCUGGACAGAGAAGCAAUCACUCCCUGAACACUCCACUGAUUUUGUAUGAGAGCCAUGUGUACAUAGGUGAGACUCCUGCUGUAGUGUGGUCAUUUUGUCCCCUGACUCUGGUUUGUGGCAGUGCUUACCCUGAGUUAUUCCCGUUAUUGUUACCCUGUUCCUGAUCUCUGGAAUGGUGGCCAGUUUGAAGCAGCUCUUGGAUACAAUUUUUCCUGUUUGAAGACUUGAUUGAUUUCUUUCAAAAGAAUCUCCUCUUUCCUGUAUUUAUUUCCAUCUCUGUAAACACUGAAAAUAAAAAAAGUCCCAUGCA